CUCUGCAUUGGCCAGCCGCCAGAGCGCCUAGGACAGCUGAGGACCCAAAAGACAGGGGAUCCCUCCCGGCCCAGCAUUCCCAAUUAUUGACCCAAAUCUCGUCGCGUUUCCUUCGCGCAAUGGCGAAGACGUACGAUUACCUCUUUAAACUGUUGCUCAUUGGCGACAGCGGGGUGGGCAAGACGUGCCUUCUCUUUCGCUUCAGCGAAGACUCCUUUAAUACCACCUUCAUAUCCACCAUAGGAAUAGACUUCAAAAUCAGAACAAUUGAGCUGGACGGAAAGAGGGUCAAACUUCAAAUAUGGGACACUGCAGGCCAAGAACGCUUUCGCACCAUCACGACAGCUUACUACAAAGGAGCCAUGGGAAUCAUGCUGGUCUACGACAUCUCCAACGAGAAGUCGUUUGAAAACAUUAAAAACUGGAUCAGGAAUAUUGAAGAGCACGCCUCAUCGGACGUGGAGAAGAUGGUCCUGGGUAACAAAUGUGACAUGAGUGACAGGCGGCAGGUGUCUAAAGACAGGGGUGAAAAACUGGCUAUUGAUUAUGGUGUCAAGUUCCUGGAAACCAGCGCAAAGACAAGUCUAAAUGUAGAAGAGGCCUUUUAUACCAUGGGAAGAGACAUUCUGCACAAUCUGAGCUCAAAGACAACUGACAGUGUUGCUGGAGGGUCGGGAAAAGCGAUCAAGAUCACCGAGAAAAAAUCCAAGAGGAUCAAAUUCCUCAAGUGUUCGCUCAUCUAGAGCAUGCUGUGACCUUGCUCUUUUCGAGAGGGCUCAUUGCUUCUCAAUGUGACUUUGGAGGGGGAGGGGCUUCUCACCCUCAGCGCCAGCCGACUGCCUCCCCCGCACGAGGGCUCGUCCCGAUCGAAGACACGGAACCGGGGGCCUGAACCUAGAACGGUAGGCCAUGGCUUGUUUCUAGCCGAGGAGUCCGUUUUCUGUUUUGCCUUUACCUCAGUUAUUCAACUUGUGUUCUUACAUACGUGUACAAUAACAAAGACUUAACCCGUUUCACUUUGUAGCACUACUUUUUUGACCUCGAGGAUGCUGUGCGACAUACAUAUCAAGUCCCAGCAAUGAUUGUAUUUGUGUGUGUAAGUAAUCGAUGUCUAUGGGUCAUUUUCAUACAAUUUGAUCGUCCGUGGUAAAAACACUUGCGAAAAAAAAUUUCAUGUUGCAUUUGUCACGCUUAAAAACAUUUCAGUAAGUUAUGAAUAUAACAUUUGAGGUAUUCAUAAGUUAACCAGAAAUGUAUUUUGCUGUCU